AUGCUAUCUAACAAGCCGACCGAUAAUUCCAUGGCCGCCACCAGCACAACCAACGCUCCCGUUUCGGCUGCGGCCGUCACCACCGCGGACCUCAACGCUCCGCUCAUACCCACCAACGCCGAAGACCAUCUGCGCGACAUCGCCGCGAUGCUUGUCAACUCGUCGCCCGAAUUCCAGGACAUGGAUGACUUUGAGAAGUAUAUGACAUCGCCGAUGCCUGCGCUCGACGACGACUUCGGUACCUCGCCCCUCGAGACGCCGUAUGCGGACUUCCUCAACACUCCGCUCUUCCCUGAAGACGACGAUAUGCUGACCAGCCCGUAUAUGAACGACCUUCCUCUCUUCCCUUCAAUGCCCGACUACCCUUCUGAGAAGGCUCAAGAGUCGGUCGUUCAACCUGCUCCGCAGUUCAACCUCGAGUCGCUUUACACAAUCUCUCCUGAGACUCCUUUGCUUCAAUCGUUCGACCCCUCUGCUCCCUCCGUUCCUCGCUCUGCUCUCUCAACACCCCCUGCCACCGUCGCCAAGACUGCUAGUCGUCGCGCAAGCAGCAAGGCCACUGGUAUUCGUAAAGGCAUCACUCCCGAUGACCUGCUCGAUGAGUCGGCGCCGACACAGCCUCGCAAGUACACCAUGCCUUCUGUGACGUCGAAGAAGGAGCUGCCUGCUGUAUUUGCCCGCAAGCGCGCGCGCUCGGCUGCCUUCGGCGACGAGGAGGACCAACUUGGUGACGACCUCCCUCCCAAUCCCACGGAGAAGGACCUCAUUGAGGCAAAGCGACGACAGAACACCGUCGCCGCUCGCAGGAGCAGGAAGAGGAAGCUCGAGCAGCUCCAGACUUUGGAGAAGUCGAGGGACGAGGAGCGGGCGCUCAAGGAGCAGUGGCAAGAGCGCGCGAACAUGCUGUUGGGUGUCCUUCGUGGGAUGGGUGUGACCUACCCGGACUUCCCUCCCGACGAAGUGAAGUACUCGACGUGA